AUGCGCAAGAGUGUAUAUCUCGAUAACACGAUCGAGUUUUUGCGAGGCAGGGUGUACCUUGGGGCGUACGAUUACACACCAGAAGAUAGUGAUGAGUUGGUGUUCUUUACCGUGGAGGACGCAAUCUUUUACAACAGCUUCCAUUUAGAUUUUGGCCCCAUGAACAUCGGGCAUCUGUAUCGGUUUGCCGUAAUUUUCCAUGAAAUCUUGAAUGAUUCUGAAAACGCCAAUAAGGCUGUUGUUUUCUAUUCAUCUGCAUCCACGAGACAGCGUGCUAACGCCGCAUGCAUGCUUUGCUGCUACAUGAUCCUUGUCCAGGCGUGGACUCCCCACCAAGUUCUCCAGCCGUUGGCGCAAGUCGACCCUCCCUUCAUGCCGUUUAGAGAUGCCGGCUACUCCAAUGCGGAUUUUGAAAUUACUAUCCAAGAUGUGGUCUAUGGUGUUUGGAGGGCCAAGGAGAAAGGUUUGAUUGAUCUGCAUUCCUUCAAUUUGGAAAGUUACGAGAAAUAUGAACACGUGGAAUUUGGCGACUUUAAUGUACUGACGCCAGAUUUCAUCGCAUUCGCGUCCCCACAAGAGGACCAUCCAAAAAGCCACGUGGCCACCAAAUCCUCGCAUUUGAAUCAGCCGUUUAGAUCUGUUUUGAACUUUUUCGGUAGCAAUGACGUUCAAUUGGUGGUGAGAUUGAACUCUCAUUUAUACAACAAAAAGCAUUUUGAAGACGUCGGAAUUCAACAUUUGGACUUGAUCUUCGAGGACGGUACCUGCCCAGAUCUUUCCAUCGUGAAGAACUUUGUCGGUGCCGCAGAAACGAUAAUCAAAAGAGGUGGGAAAAUUGCCGUGCAUUGCAAAGCCGGGCUGGGCAGAACCGGUUGUUUGAUCGGUGCUCAUUUGAUAUACACGUACGGGUUUACCGCCAAUGAAUGUAUUGGAUUUUUGAGGUUCGUAAGACCGGGCAUGGUGGUUGGACCUCAACAGCAUUGGCUAUAUUUACACCAGAACGAUUUUAGGGAAUGGAAGUACACAACUAGAAUUUCCCUGAAGCCUAGCGAGGCCAUUGGCGGAUUGUAUCCCUUGAUAAGUCUGGAAGAAUACCGUUCACAAAAAAAGAAGCUCAAGGAUGACAAAAGGGUCGCUCAGAAUAAUAAUAUUGAAGGCGAUCUAAGAGAUUUAACUAUGACGCCGCCAUCCAACAGUCACGGAGCGAUCAGUACCAGGAGUUCUAGCCAGCCUUCUGCGACUAACAAUGGCACCAGCUCGUUCAAAAAUUCAGCCGUCCCACAAACUUCACCUGGUCAGCCGAGGAAGGGCCAAAACGGUGCUAACACCGUAGAAGAUAUCAACAAUGGCAGUAAUCCAACCUCUCUCGUGAACAGGAAAGUAGUGAUAGAAAGCAACAACUCAGACGACGAAUCGAUGCAGGAUACCAAUAGCAUAAGUAAUCAUUAUUCUAAGAUAUCACGCAAAAGAAAUGAUAUCCCGUCUGCCUCAUCAUCCCGAAUGGAAGAUAACGAAACCAGCACAGCGAACAACAUCAACAGCGCCGCGGAUGAUACCAUACUAAGACAACUACUACCCAAGGGCAGAAGAGUAACGUCAGGAAGAAGGACUACGAGCGCCGCAGGUGGUAUAAGGAAAAUAAGUGGUUCCAUCAAAAAGUAA